AUGCCAGCGCAGAUCGUUGCAGGACCCAGCUAUAUCACCUCGACGGCCGCCCUCCUCCUCAAGGCCCAGCCUGUGGCUGUCGCCGCUCGCGCCGCUCACCCCAUAGGUUCGACGGUCCUCAAAUCGCAACCUCAGGCCAUUACAACCUCCUCCGACAGGCCCAGGUAUAGACCAGAGUUCUGCAAUGUUCCUAUCAAAUUCAGGCGAUACAUACGCGACGAGACGAAAGAGCAUGGUACGCGCAACGGACCGGAGGCACAGAUGGCCUCUGCUGGCGCAGGGCCAUCCUCUGGUAACGGAAACAUCGUAGAGCCCCAACAUCAUGAGAACGUGGGCAGUGAGGGCGCGCUCAACGAGAGGGGCCGCCACAGCGACGCAUCGGGAGACAAGAUGCUUCAGGUCGGCUUGGACAAGCAACCCGACGGAGGCGUCUCUACAGCCACUCAACACCAUGAAGGCCAGUCAGAUCAAGGACGUGCCACUCCCAAUGGGUCUCAGAGUAAGACCAUCGGGGAAUCUGGUCGGACCAAGCCAAGCCACCGCGCACACUCGCGCAAGUCUUCUGCGCAAAGUCCCCGAGAAGCCACGGCGACGGAUAUUGCGCAGCCAACACGACGGAGCGCGAGGCUCCGGGGGAAGGCAAAGUCACCCACUGAGUCGUCAGAGACCCAGAACGGCACCGAGGCCACAGAGGAGCAAAUGCCCGAGGCGGGGCCAAGCAAGACCCGGAACGUGAGACAGAGGGUACCUGCGAAGAAAGACGCCGAUGGAGUAGACGCGACUUCAGUGGGUCAGAAGAGAAAAAGAGACGCGUGCGCGGAUGCGAGCGACCCGUCGCAGCCAGAGCAGGGGCCAAAGAAGAGGUCGCACGCGGCGAAGAAGACAACUGGAGCCGAUACGAAUGGAGGAGCACUCACCGUCAUCGUACCGCCGGCGAGAGCAACGAGACAGACCUCGCGCAAACAAAGAGUCAAGUCGGCCGCCGUAAAAGCAAAGUAA